UGUCGGCCAGCUCGAGGGUGAAAAAAAGCGAAGGGAAAAAGGAAUAUCCGAGGGCCAAGAGAGGCGGAUUUGGAUAAACUUUCCCAACUGUCCCGACCCGAAGAAGCUUCGGGCGGCUGACGGAUCGUCCAUUUCACCGAAAUAAUGGACGAAUCCCAUUUCAACUCGUCCUACUUUUGGUCUCCCGUCCCCACUGUACAAGGACAGAUCGAGAGCGCCAUGUUCCUGAACAAAACCAAGGAGCAGCUCGGCGCCGAGAAGUCCGCCGCGCUGGCUUUCCCGCACUCGUCCGCGUCCUCCGCACCGCACUACCCCACGGCGGUGCUCGCCAUCCCUGGCUCGGGGGAGGCGGGGGCCGGGCUGCGAGUGGUCACCAAACAGGAGGGAGGAAGCUCGGCGGGGGGACCUGGAGCAAGCGCGUCCAUGCACGUGCACCAGUCGCACACUUCGCAGAACGUCACUGUCGUGCCUGUUCCCUCCACGGGAAUCAUGACCGCAGCGGGUCUGGUCAUCACCACCCCCCAAGGCACGCUGGUGCCCACCGCCUCCACGCAGUCUUUCGUAGCUGGGCCUCACUCGGCCACCACCAUGAUCGUGUCCGCAAUGCACCCCUCAAACGCAGAUAAGAAGAACGAUAUGGCCGGCCCCCCCGCCGUCGUCAUGUCCAUGCCGGGCAAGCGAGGCAGGAAGAGCAAGCAGGCGAUGGGCAGAACCAGCAACAUCCUUCCGCCAGGAAGCGACGCACUGAUAUUGGCGCACCUGGCCGCCACAGGGCAGCAUCAUUCUGCCGAUCCUUACGACCUCUCCAACGAUGAGGACGACCACUCCAGUAAAGAGGGUCCCAAAUCCUACAGGUGUCGCAUGUGCGCGGUGACAUUCUUCAGCAAGUCGGACAUGCAGAUACACGCCAAGUCGCACACGGAGGCCAAGCCCCACAAGUGCCCCCACUGUUCCAAGUCGUUUGCCAACUCCAGCUACCUGUCGCAGCACAUCCGCAUCCACAGCGGGGCCAAGCCCUACAGCUGCACCUACUGCCAGAAAGCCUUCCGGCAGCUCAGCCACCUGCAGCAGCACACACGCAACCACACUGAGGCCAAGCCCCACAAGUGCCCUCACUGCUCCAAGUCGUUUGCCAACUCCAGCUACCUGUCGCAGCACAUCCGCAUCCACAGCGGGGCCAAGCCCUACAGCUGCACCUACUGCCAGAAAACCUUCAGGCAGCUCAGCCACCUGCAGCAGCACACACGGAUUCACACGGGUGACCGGCCGUACAAGUGUAACCAUCCGGGCUGCGAGAAAGCUUUCACUCAGCUCUCCAACCUCCAGUCUCACCGUCGGCAGCACAACAAGGACAAGCCGUUCAAGUGCCACAACUGCAACCGCGGUUACACGGAUGCCGCCAGCCUGGAGGUGCACUUGUCCACGCACACGGUCAAACACGCCAAGCUCUUCUCCUGCGGCCUGUGCAACCGCUCCUACACAUCGGAGACGUACCUGAUGAAACACAUGAGGAAGCACAACCCCGACACGCUAACGGCGGGAGAGCAGGCGCGAGGCUCCGGCGGCCGGGGGCGCGGACGCGGCCGGGGGCGAGGUCGAGGAGGUUCGCUCCAAGGCCAGGCCGGCCAGAACCCCAACGCCGGCAGCUACCAACAGCCCGGUGAGGGGGUCAUCCCGUGCCCCUUUGAUCUCCACCAGUACAAGACGGUGGCAGCCGGUGAGAUCCAGUACAAACCAGGCACGGUGGCGGACCACAAAGACCUCUGCCUCACUGUGUCCACGUCCGCCAUCCAGGUGGAGCACAUCAACUCGUAGGAAACAAGAUUUGACAUCCCUGUAUAAAGCCUUGGAAAUGUAGUCUGGAAAAUUCUCCAAGAGGACUUGCUUUUCUACCUGUGUGGCUCUCAAAGGGAUUGAUCAGGUUAAAAGGCGCGCAGUGUUUCCACAACGAGGACGAAGCAGCUUUAAUGCAGAGCCCGGCCCCGAGGUGUCCGAUUUGUUUGCGGGGUGCCUCGCUCUUACCCGGAUUUGAAGUGGCUUCUCAAUCUCAGAUGAGGUGAGAGGCUUUUCCUGAAAUGCCGUCUCGAUGCGCCGAGUCGCGGCUGAGCCUCGUUUGUCUGGAGGAGCAGCUCGCUCGCCUAUACAGACGCUACCUUAUUUACAGCGACUCCCCAACCUGUUUUUGUGCUAGGGCACACCACCAAGCAAAUGUCACAAACGUAAAUAACGAUUUCAUUUCAAUUCGCGUGUUUAAUUGAUAUAUUGAUAUACUCGCAGGAAGACCUAUUUUUUUAAAAUAGCAACAAGCCAUGUAAUGGAAGCACAUUUAAUUGUUGUGCCGGUCACUGUAUAUGAUUGGCAUAAAUAUAUAUUAGAUAUUUGUAAUUGAUCAAUUUUCAGGCGAAUGGAUUGAAUCGCCUUUGAUACCAAUAAAGACCCUAUAAAUGCAUUAACAAAAACAAAAAGGGAACACGAGACCAGAAAUUAUGAGUCAAUCACAAUUUCAUCUAAUAGCCUGCUCGACCCAUCUCGGGUAGCCGACAUGUUUCUCACAGGGCCUGUUCUAGGAAUUAUUCACUAGUGAAAUAUCUUUUUUUCUUCACAAUGCCACCCAAAAACAGAAAGCACCAUUUGACACUGAUUUGUGUCUCAGGUUUUUGUUCUAAAUGAACAAUUUUAAUAUAUUUAUGUCAAUCAAGUAUAGUUCAAGAGUCAUUAUUAUAUUGCAUGACCCAAACCAUAUUGUUCGUAGAGACAUCCUAACGGCUGUCCAGGGAUGGUGCCCGGACUGCACUCCUAUGCACAAGCCCAAAAUAUUUUACAAUAUUUUAUUACAAUGUAUUGCAUACACAUGGUGCAGCAACACAUGUAAACAGAGCAUCCAGCGAUACUUUUCCCGGGGAGUAGGUGCUCAUACUUCUUGUGUUGGUAUAUUCGAAUGUUGGGAACGGAACCGUUGCUAUGUAGGGUAGCGUCUGUACUCGAGAGGCAUUACCGUGUGCGAAUCAUGUCGUGGGACAUUAGCCGAAAUGCACUAAACCACACGGGGCUCACGAACUAAGCACUUGAUGAAGCUUGUACUUCACCUUCUACGUUUGUCAGCUGUACUUUUUUUUAAUAUGUUCAUAUUUUUCUACCAGCAGAGAAAAUUGAGAAAGUGUGAAUGUGGAGACAGUUUUUUUUUUCCCCCUAAUAGAAGCAUUAGUGACCCUCCAUCGCAACAUUUCGGCAGCAGGUUGUUGGGAAUAAUGAUUGUAUGACAAAAUGGCUGACAGGUACUGUUAUUAUUCAUUGUUUAUUUAGAUUUUUUUUGUGUGCAUAUGAAUUUCAUUACAACUGUAUUGCAAAUCUUAUCUACACUAUCAACCUAAAGGCAUUAUUAUUAUAUGGCAGUAUGCUGUACAUAAGAGUUUUCUGUAAAAGGGAAGCAUGUCCUGUGAAGUUUUUUUUAAAAAAGAAACAAUUAUAACAAACCACGUGAGCUUUGGAGCUUAACCCAAAAAAAGAAGUUGUAUUAGUGAUAUUCACUCAAAUGAUGUUUGGACUGGAAUUAUCAACAAACAUUGAGAACAUUGGGCAAUAUGAAAUGACGGUAAAUACAAUUUGUGAUAUAUUUGUGUUUGUCUCGACUUAACGCCACACAUUAAGUGUAUACGUUGUCAUUUUCAUAGGAAAAAAUAAUGACUUACAGUACUAUUCAAGUCAUGCUAACACAUUAUUGAGCUGUGCUACUCUUUAGCAUAGUAUGCUCAUCUUAUCAGACUGUUUAUGAGAAUAAAGUUGGCAAACUGA